CCCACAGGGUGACGCAUGCGCGGAGCAGCGUCAGAAGCUUCCGGGAUCCUCCGGCUAGUCAGCGUGAUGCUGCGAGUUUUACAGAGUAUUAAUAACAGCUUUACUGUCAGCUUUCUACAGCAGUCUGCUCCCCGCAGCCAGCGCACCAUGGGCAGCUUAAACCACGAAAACCGCUCCAUUCAUUCUGACAAUGUUGAAGAAGUUCAUAACAUCCCGGUGGAUGUGAUCAUUCGACCCAUUCCCUCAGUGCUGGACGAGCAGAAAGUUCAGAGCCUCAUGGAUACAAUAAAGGAGACAUCUGACAUCAGAGUUGUCCCUCCCAUAGACGUGUUAUGGAUCACGGGAGAAAAAGGAGGUAACUAUUUCUACUCGUUUGGAGGAUGCCAUAGAUUUGCUGCUUACCAGAGACUACAGAUGAAAUCCAUCCCAGCCAAGAUUAUCAAAUCAAACAUUUCAGACUUGCGCACCUACUUGGGAGCUUCAACACCUAAUCUACAGUGACAUGAAAGAGAACUAGGAUCAAGAGCACCUAUGACCUGAGAUGGUUCAUCUGGACUACAGUUACACUAUGAUUGUGUCUAUCCGCAGUUGUUCUUGAAGGUGCCAAAAGCAAAUAUGUGCAUUAGAAUGGAGGAAACACCUAUUGUUUGUGUACAAUGCUAGGGUAUUUUCUGUCAAAUCUCAACUGGCCAAAACGCUAAUUGUUCCCUCUGUUUAUUUAUUUAAAAUUUUAAAUAUAACUUUAUUUUUUAUUUUAGUUUUUUUGUUAUGAUAAAUAUUUUAUUAAUAUAUGAACAGUUAGAUGGGAAGAUUUGAAUUAAAAUCUUAAUCAUAUGGCACUUGAGGCCAUUUUAUCACCAUUGUAACAGGACUGAUAUUCACCACAAGAUGGCAGUGUUGUACUGUUUAUACUUUAUGUCAGGCCCAAAGUGACAUUCUAUCUGGGGACCCUCACCCAUACUUGUAUUAACAUUUUGUAUAUAUAAUAUCAAUUAUAUUUGCUAUAUAAGUCAGAAAUUAAGAGCUGAAUGAAAUAAAUAAAUACAAAAUAAUUCACGAAA